AUGAGUCUUAUUCGUGAUUACGAUUACAUUGCGAGCAACAUUCAGACAUAUAUCGAUCAAGAUAAUUUUUAUGAUAUUGUUGAUAAAGAAUUCAUUCCUCAAGUUUUAGAAAAAGCAAAUCUUAACUCAAAUGAUUUCAAAACACUUCUUUCUCAAGGCUUAUCAAAAUACAGUACAAAAGUACUAUAUGAGCUUUUUCGGAACUGCAAUGUUUUCAUUAAUUCAUUCGAAGAUGUUAUAAACGUUCUUCAAAGCUACAGCAAUAUUUUCAGACUGUUAUCAUCAUGUUCAUUAAUUGAUUACCUUGAGAAAUUCAACUCAGAAAAUCAAUCUGAUUCCAUAGAAAUCACGAAUUUACAAAACCUCGAAUCCAAGAUUUCAAUGUUGGAGAAUGAAAUCAAUGAAUACAGAUGGAAAGAGGUGCAAUACAAAAAUGAAAUUGCACAGAUUUCUGAAAUACCUUUGAAUUCUGAUUUUGAAACAGCUUACAAUUUCCUUAAACAACUUUCAAAUAAAGGUGAUAAACUAAAAAUGUCUCUUUCAUGUGCAGUUGGAUUAAGUGAAAAAAGAAGUUCAAAUGAUUAUACUCCACUUCAUUAUGCAUGUUGUAAAGGUGAUCUUCAAUUUAUAAAAUCUCUUGUUGAAGAAGGUUGUGAUAGAGAUGCUGCUACUAAAAAUGAAAGUAAUUGUUUACUUAUGGCAUCAUACUACGGACAUCUUGAUAUUGUUAAAUAUUUAAUUGGGGUUGGUUUUGAAAAGAAUUAUUGUAAGAAAUCCAGUGGAUUUAAUGCAAUUAUAAUGGCAUCACAAGAAGGUCAACUAGAAGUUGUUAAAUAUUUGAAAAGUAUUGGUUGUGAUGUCAACUCUAAAACAAAUGGUAAUGCAAGUUGUAUUUACUUUGCAUCAUUAAAAGGUCAUCUUGAAGUAGUUAAAUAUCUUUUUUCAAGUGGAGCAAAUCCAUAUGAAAAAGAUGAUAAUGGAGUUUCUCCAUUAAUUGUUGCAUCACAAGAAGGUCAUCUUGAUAUUGUUAAAUAUCUUAUUCAAUGUGGAUGCAAUAAAAAUGAUAAAACAAACUAUAAUGAUUCUUCACUUCAUUGGGCAGCAGAGAAUGGCAAUUUUGAAGUUGUUGAAUAUUUAGUUUCGAUUUAG